UUUUUUCAUUUCCGAGUGACCCAUUUAGCUUUGCGCAUUAGCAUCAGUUGAUAAUCGGCGUCUGAAACAAAAGAAAUGGCCCUCCUUUAUGUAGUGGUUUGUUUAUUUCAUUAGUACACCUACGCCGUUCUUUAAAAAGUAGGUGGCACUUAGUAAAUUACAUUUAUAAGCCCAUAAUUUAUAAAAAUAUAGGAUCCGUCGUAAGCUUGUUUAUCUGGUAUCGGUUAAAAAGAGAUGUCUGUUCUGAAGGCGUCAUAAAUGAUUGCGUGUUACUUAGCCGUUUUAAUAAUUUCCUGAUAUUUUUACGAUAUACUUGGAAGAAAAAUAUUUUUUAUCUUUAGGUCCCUUGGAUGUUCAGCUUGUCGGGAAGUGAGCUCACAGCCCCAUGUCUGCGGAGGCUUCAGUCGGCCGUCAUGAUGGCGACUCCAUCCAGUCUGCCGUUCCCCUGCCUGCCUGCCGCAGCACAGAUGAGCGCAGAAAUCCGGGUCUGAUGGGGAGCAAGUACGUCAAGCUGAAUGUUGGUGGCUCCAUACAUUAUACGACCAUCCAGACGCUAAGCAAAGAGGACAGUCUUCUGCGAAGCAUUUGCACCGGAGCAACAGAUGUUACCAUAGACUCUGAAGGUUGGGUGGUUUUGGAAAGGUCCGGCAGACAUUUUGGGUUGGUGUUGAACUUCCUGCGUGAUGGCUCGGUACCACUUCCAGAAGACCAGAGAGAACUUGAUGAGGUCCUGAAGGAGGCCCAGUACUACAGAGUACAGGGACUCGUCCAGCACUGCCUCACUGCCAUGCAGAAACAACAGGACAUUUUUGAAAGCGUGUGCAGCAUCCCAAUGAUCACUUCAGCCAAAGAAGAGCAGAAAAUGAUUGCUGCAUGUCGAAAGCCAGUAGUCAAGCUUCAAAACAACCGAGGAAACAACAAAUAUUCUUAUACGAGCAAUUCUGACGACAACCUGCUGAAGAACAUCGAGCUGUUUGACAAACUGGUGCUCAGAUUCAACAACCGGGUCCUGUUUGUGAAAGACGUCCUCGGCGAUGAGAUCUGCUGUUGGUCUUUUUACGGCGAAGGACGCAAAAUCGCAGAAGUGUGCUGUACCUCCAUCGUAUAUGCGACAGAAAAGAAGCAGACCAAGGUGGAGUUUCCUGAGGCACGGAUAUUCGAAGAAACACUCAAUAUCCUUAUCUAUGAGAACAAUCGAUCUGGUCCGGGAGGGUUCCACCUCUUAGAUUCCAGAGGCUCAGGUUCAUCGCUGGGAGCUGGCCAUUCUGAGGAAGAGGGAGCCGUGGGAGGAGACAGACGAGUGCGCCGGAUCCACGUCAGAAGGCACAUAAUGCACGAUGAACGAGGACACGGCCAGCAAACUGUGUACAAGGACUAACUGUGAUUAAAAAUGCAGCAUGGAAGGAUCAUUCAAUUUUUUUUAAUUUUUUUUUGUAUGGUUGCGAAAGGAAAGAUGGGAUUGUCCACAGCAAUAGUUCAGUCUACUUAUUUCAUGAAAUGUCUUUAAGCACACUUGCAGGGAUCUGGUGGUUAACUGAGUAGAGAGUUUGCUAAUGUUUACAACAAAACAAUGUGCAUAAAUGUUUGUUUGUCCUUUCCAACAGAAAGUGCAUGAAGUCCACUGUGACUGAAACUGGUCGAAAUAUUAUUUCAAAUGUUAAAAAUUUAUGCAUGUCAGUGAAUGAGCCUCAAAACCCAUUUCUCCCUUAGAAGCAGGCCACCUGCCAUGUUUAUUGGUGUAAAUAGAACUGGCAGCUUUGUCCAUUUGAUAUGUAGGAAACAUUUCUCCAGGCUGUGAUGCAUCUGGUUUAUCUGUUGGAGAAAGAUGGUACUGCUGAACAGACUGACUGACAAACGUGGAGGAAUUUGAGCCUCGACUUGUUAACACUGGAAUUAGAAAAGAAAAGCCAUGUUUAUAGUGAGGUGGUCGAGCAGCUCAGUUUUCUGUGUUUAAAUUAUUAUAAAUGCUGCUUCUUGCUUCUUUUUUUAUAAUUUAUAAACUUAAUUUAUUGUUUGGUAUUUAACUUUUGUAAAUGAAAUCAUUCUUUAUUAUCUGAUGCUUGAGUGAGUUUAGAUUCUGCAGUGAUAGCGUUCACUCCAUUGCACUUAGCAGAUUUUGAACUUCCUCCUCUAGAUUAAUAUGACUUGGCUCUCGUUGAUUGUUUGAGAAAUGAGCUGUGACUUUUCUCUUCGUUGUUUUUUAUUUUUCUGAGCCAUGUUCUCUCAUUUCCAUUUCAUCUUACUCAAAAUCACUGAAGUUUUGCCUAAAUGACUUGGCCAUACAGUCGUUUUCUAAAUAUUGUUGACUUUCAUUUCAGGAGAGGCUAUGGUACUAUUUUUUUGUUUCUUAUAUUAAGCACUCUUAAAAGUAAGAAGGAAAAAAAACCUUGAAUGCGAAUAAUGUUUGUACAACUCUUUACAUUGGAACACAAUGGAAAAUGCACUAAUUGUACUUCCGUCCGUGAAAUAUUCAAAAUAAAUUGCUUAUGAAAUCCA